UGCCCAUGGCCUGGGCCCAGGGCACGGCGAGUGGCUGGGUGGGGGGCUGGGCGCUCGUCCCCCUGGGGGGCUGCCUGCUGCUCUGCGGGCUCUGCCGGAGAAAGCUUCCUGUUUUCCCCCCAUGGGGCCCACAACCCAGGGACUCGCCUCCGGAGCUGGGGCCACGCUACAUCUCCGAUCCUACCCCUGGCACCAGUGUCCCCGCAAGCCCACGGCCUCCUGUGGGCCCCAGGAGCACGGACAACGAGGACGAGGACGAUUUCCAGUAUCCUCCUGCCCCGUGGACAGAGUCGCGGCAGACCCCGGUCUUUGAGUCCCUGAAGCAGGCCCGGGAAUCUGGCACCGACGUGGACAGCCAUGGGAGCUACGUGAACAUCAACUCCGAGGAGGACUAUGUGAAUCUGCAGGGUGCCAAUGGGGGAAGCUCCGUGGAGAAGGACAAGGAGUAUCUGGAGGUGCUUCCAUUGGGGGCCGAGAGAACCGGGCCCCACAGGCAGAAGGGCCCCAGUCACGACGAGGGUGAGAAUGUCUCCUACGCGAACGUGGACGACAAGGAGCCGAAACCCCCCUCGCUGGACGAGCAGAAACCCGACUACGACUAUGUCAACGUGCCGUAGCCGCGUGGGGCCAGGGACCAGCUGCCUCUGUCUCUGCCCCACAGCGGGUCCCUUCGUGGGGCCCUGGCUGUGGGCGGGGGCUCUCAGAGAGCCCGAGAUAAGGAGACAUGACCCCCACCACCCUGCUAGCCUGGCGCUGGGCUCCCCAGCGGGGCCGAGUACCCUGCCCCACAGCACAGGGCUGGGCACCCCAGCGGGGCCGAGUACCCUGCCCCACAGCAUGGGA